UGAAUAUUGAUACAAAUCAAACAGAAAAAUUAAUUUAUUCGGUACUUAUAUAUUGAAACAACGAAUACAAACAGUUGUUACACGUGAAGAGAGAGACUGAACGAAACAGAGAGAGAGAGAGAUAGAGACAAUUGAAUCAAGUCAAGCAUUGAUCAUUGAAUACUCCGCGAUUGUGUACAGUUAAACAAAACAGAAUUGAACACCGGGCAAAAACUCAGUGAAUUUGCUUUGAAAUCGAAAAAUUUUUUUAAUUAUUUAUUUCAAUAAAUCUACAUUUCGAGGUGAUUCAUUUGGAAUAUUAAUCAUCAUCAAAAUAUGCCUUCACCGACAUCGCAAUCAGCCAAUGUCAAUAAUGGUUGCAGCUGUGAUGAUACAGGAAUGAAUGGCAAUGAUAUUGAAUUAUUGAAAAAGCAUUUACCUCAUGUGGAUUUUGAAACUGGUUUAAAACAUCGCACAGUUCAACGCGAUCCAAUUACCGGUCUUGGAACAUUACCAAAAGAACAUAUUGAACUUGGACGUACAAGAAAUGCUUCCACUGGUAGACCAGCUUUCAAUACUACGCUGAUUGCAUGGGAUGCUGAUAAUACCACAAUCUGUAAGAAUAAUGGACAUACAACGAGAAAGAAUAAACAACCAGCGCGUAAUCCAAUCGCUUUAACUGGUGACCUUGGUGAUGAAGUUAAUGGACUGCGUAAAACGAAUUGUUCACGUAAUGGAACUCCUAGAGAACCACAACGUGAUCCUAUUUCUGGACGAGGUGAUUUCGGUGAACGUGAAUGGGAUCCAAUUGGUAGAUAUAAUGGGAAAACUAGACGAGCUAAAAGUUCCACUGGCAUCCGAACUAAUCCAUUGACUGGUGAAAAUAUGAAAACAUUCACUCUAAUGGCAGAUGAACGAUGUACAUACAGAGAUAGUGAUAUAUGUAAACGAAAUGUUUCGACAAAAAAUAUUUUAACUGGAGAAAAUUGUGAGAAUUAUACAGUUUCACCGGAAUUGAAAUCACCAAGUAAACGUAUGCAACGAGAACCUAUUCGUAAUGCAAUAACUGGUGAGAAUUGUACAACUUAUGAUUAUAAUUCUGAAGUGAAAACUUCGAAAACACGUACACCAGUGAAAAGCUCCAAUCCAUUGAAUGGUGAGAAUGUGAACGCUUUUAUGGUAUCACAAGAAGAAAGACCACGUACAGCUAAACCUUAUGUUUACAGAAAUACAGUGACUGGUGAAAAUCUUCAAAGUUAUAAAAUAACACCGAUUGAAAGAAAUGUUACUCCUAGAGAAGUGAAAGAUCGACAAAAUCCUCUAAGUGGUGAGAAUGUUGAAAGUUAUACUUAUCGUUUAGGAGAAUCUAAAAGAACUGUAAAGAAACGAGAUCUUAGCUCACCAUUAACAGGAGAUGGUUCACGUGGUCGUUCAUAUACUAUCUCUAUUGAAGAGAAACAUUCAUCACAACCGAAUUUAAAUCGAAAUGGACAUGACCCAGCAAAUCGUACACUAUCAUCAAAAAGUCUACGAAAUAUACUGACAGGUGAAAAUUGUGAUACAUAUAGUGUAUGUCAAGAGAUGCGUAGUGAAAAAUGUGACAGCUCUACAGUUCUAAUGAUGAAUGGUGGGAAUUCACAUAGAAAAACUUCCUACAAUAUUAUUACUGGUAGUUAAAAUGAACGAACGAAUGAACGAAUAAAAACAACUGACCUUGAAACCUUCAUCAAUUCAAACAACCAAAAACUUGGCGAACAAUUUGAACUGUUCAAUGUGUCAAUCAAAGUAUGGAUUAUUGUUUAUUCUGCUCUGUUGAACAAUGAAAUAUAUACACAAGAAGAAGUGCAAACAUUCAGUCAGCAUGAUCAAAUCCUUUUUUUCAUCUAAUUAUUACAACUACUACUACUACCAAAAUUGUAUUACGCUUCUUUUCUCUUUACGUAUCACUUUUAUUCAUGCAUUUCAAAAUUAAAAUCCUCACUUGAAACGUUCAGUGCUUCAAUUUUUAAAAUUCAAAUUCGUUUCCUUGUAUUUCAUCAACUUAUUACGUCAUCACGAUUGCCUUCCAUCCAACCGUCAGUGUUAUUCUCCAUUAAAAUCUUUAAACUAUGGCGCAAUCAUCAUUCUUUAAAGCACCAUUUACAUUUUGUAUGACUUUUUCCUUAUUAUUCAUGCAAUUGAAUUGAAUUCAUGCAGCAGCAUUUGGUCUCCUUUACAUUUCCUAAUCUUGUGUACUUUUUUAUUUCAACUUAUUUCAAUUUUAUGUAUUCAAUUCGUUUGAAUUUUCGUUUUACUUCUCAUAUAUAUUCAAAUUUAGUUAGUUAGUUAGUUACUUUGCUUUCAAUGUUUCAAUAGUGUUUUAUAAAACAUAAACAUCAUUGAUCUACACAUAUAUAUACACACCUUUCCUGUUCAUAUUUUUUUUUAAAAAAUGCAUUCACCAUUGUUUGC